AUGGAGUUAUCUAGAGAAAAAGUGUGUCAGUUAAUUGAUUUGUACUAUGAAAGACCAGUACUAUGGGACCAAACGCUGUCAGAUUAUAAAAAUAAGUUUAAAAAAAAUGACGCGUGGUGUGAAAUUUCAAAAAUAAUGAACAUUGACAAAGCAGACAUUGAAAAAAAAAUGAAAAAUGUUAUUGGCCAAUUUUAUCGCGAAUGCAAAAAGACGAAGUCAGGUGCUGGAAUUGACGAAGUUAUGGAGUCAAAAUGGUUCGCUUUCAAUUCUUUGAUGUUUUUAAAGGAUAAAAACAAACCUCGUGUAACGUCUGAUGCUGGAAUUGAAGUAAGUAAAUUAUAA